GUCGCGCCGCGCGCCGAGGAGAACUCGCCACCGCAAAGGCCGUCGUCUGUAGCCUCGCCUCGCCGUCGUUCUAUACUCCCAAUAAAGUCCUCCUCCGCCAGGCGCACGAUGUCGUGGGCCGACCUCCCACUCGAUGUGCUCGUGGACGGGGUGAUCGCGCGGCUUCCUAUCCCCGGCGACCGCGCCCGCUUGGCCGCCGUGUGCCGCGCAUGGCGCGCCGCCGCGCGCGAGGUGGUGAGCCACAUCCAGCUCCCGUGGAUCGUGCUCCCAUACGGCACCGUCUGCACCGCCGGCCGCGGCGCAGCCUGUUCGUCCUUCCGGAUCCCCGGGUUCCCCGACGAGGCCACCUGCCUCGGCGCCGCCCACGACGGCUGGCUCGCCCUGGACCGCACGGACGACGUGGUCGGGCGCACGUCCUGGUUCCGGACGACAUGGCCCGUCGUCGUCGGAGACACGUGGAAGCACGUCAUGUUGGGCAAGUCCGACGUGAACCACAAGCACGCCUACGCGCUGCACAACCCCUUCAGCGACGUCACCGUGCCGCUCCCGGAGCUGGACGCCGUCAUCGGCCGUGUCGCCGAGACCUUCCGGGUGCGUAAAGUGCUGAUGCGUUCGCCGGCUCCAGAUGACCUCGUCGCCGUCAUGACCAACAGCUGGAACUGCAACGUCAUCUUGUGCCGCGCCGGGAAGGGUACGUUCGUGCUACCCUACUACAGGAUCGUCGACGUGGCGUUCCUUGGAGAAGACACGCUGUAUGGAAUCACCACCGGCGAAGAACUCCUUGCCUUCCACCUCGGCGAGGAUGACGACGGCAGACCUAAUGUUGCCAGGAUUGAGCUGGUCAUCAAAAACACGUUGGCCAAUUAUUAUUAUGAUGAAUUUGGAUGGUUGUGGCCAGCAGAAGUAGCUAGCACUAGUAGCAACAACGACGAGGAUAUGGAUAUGGAUGACGAUGAUUAUAUGGAGGAGGAUGAUCCGGCAGUCGUCGAUGAUGGUGACGACGACCAAGCUGAUAGCUUCAACGGCGAUGAGAUGGUCUCGGACAGCGAGGUGUUUGAUGGGUACGGCGACGGCGAGGACCUUCAAGUCAAGGACGAGUUAUAUCUGGGUCGAUACCUGGUGCGGUCGCUGAGCGGAGAGCUGCUGCUCGUGAGGCACCAAUGGCAAUCAUGCCCACGUUCCCCUUCCUACACUCGCAAGGUCGAGUUCUUCAAGGCAGAUUUUAGCGCCGGCAAAUGGGCUGCCGCCGGUGGAUUAGCCAAGGGGGAGGCGAUCUUUCUGAGUCCAUCGCACAGCAAGUGCGUUCGCGCAAGCGGAGGCGUCCGUGAAGGCUUUGUGUACUACACAAAACAGAUGGACGACGUGUUCGACACGAGAUCGGGCACCGUUCGUGCCGCCAUUACAGCUGGGUGGCCAGAACUAUGCGCACUGGAGAAAUCGGGAUGGUUUUUCCCUCCGGAGCUAGUGGUUUGACAGAUAGAGCUGUCUAUGAUUAUAUAUUUUCAUCCACAUUUCUUUUUAAUUAGGUCUAGAGUGCUUCUUCUUUUUCUUUUCCUUUUUUCUUUUUACAAAAGCUAAGGUUGUAAUGGAGUAUCUUUAUUCAUUGUUGUUUAUUUAUUUU